AUGACCCGACCCAACGACCCCCCCUACCCACAUUCCACCCUUCCCCUGACGUUGUACCUGCGCUCCUUUAUCGUCUACACCGAAGAUGUCGACCCGAAUAUCGCCCAAUCACACCUCGCACUAUGCGCGCCGACCGAUGCCGUCGCCGACGUGAAGCGCAUCCCUGCUGAUCUCCCGGGACUACGAAAGGAAUACCUGAAGGCCCUGCAGGCCAAUGUCGCUGCUAGGAAGGGGCUGCAGGCUGUGUCAGAGGAUGUAGCCUCGCUGAGACGUCAACGGGCAACCAGGCACCGCCCUGCUGACCCUGUCGAUCCCCAGGAACCUGGGGCGGAGCUGCGAGAUUAUCUCCUGCUGCUGCGCGAUCGACGUCGUCAUGCCAAACUGAAGGUCUUCGAGCAUUAUCUUGCUGAGCUCCAAGCGAAUGGAUCUGCAGAUCGGGCAGAGAAUCUCGAUGCCCGGGAGAGCCCUGAUCAGGGCCUGCUACUAUCGGAGGGUCUAGAGGCCGAGGGACCCGGUCGUGGCAAUUCUCACACAGACCUCGAAGGUUUGGUUCAUAACCUUGAACGAGCGGUGGUUCGUGCCCGGGCGCAGUUGGAUCGGGAAAAGCAGCUGUUCGAGAGGGUAAAGUCGCGACAUGAGUCGAGAGAAGGUACACCUCCACGCGAACCUACGCCCGCCGUCAAACUCCAAGCCUUACGACGGACCCGUGAUGAGUUAGUACAAUGGGUCGAGGAACGUCUCAUCAGCGAAGGAGACCCCGACGAGAGUAUGGUACAAGAAUUGCCGCCGGAGGAGAUUGAAGAGACCCAACAUCUCAUCGAAGAACAAAAGGCCAAUAUUAGCGAGCAAUAUGCCGCCUACCUCAAGGCUCGACGGGAAUUACUCGAUGUCGCAUCCAAGGCCUGUCAACCUGUGAUCGUGACGACUAAGCCUGCGCCCCGGCCAAGCCAACGACCUGAGAUCCCUACUGAAGAAAUACCAGCACCCGACCCGCUAGAUGCGUUGGUCUUCGCGACGGAGAACCUCGUUCCACUAUCCAAGAGCCAGAAGACAAUGGCACUCCAAAAAACCUAUUUAACCGGGCUCCUCGCGAAAGAAAAAUCCACCACUCUCCGGGCUCUGCACCGUCUCCGAGACGAAAGUCAUCUCCUCCCCGAAUACCCUAUUCUAGCCCGACAACCACGCUUCAAACAUGCCGUUGCCGCCCUCAAUUCUCGCAACCAAGUCCAGAAUGCUCGUACUGAUACCAAACCGCCCGAUGAGUUGGUCACGCUCGCCGAAGCGUGGUCAUUCGCCUCGAACGCAGCGGGUACACAGGGGCGAGAAUAUGUACAGCAGAAGAUCGCAUUGGGGACAGAGGUCACGCAAGAUGCCCGCAAGACACUCGGCGAAGUGUACGAUCUACUUAAUCAAGAUCUAGAUGAGGUCAUGCGUGAGGGUGUGGAGCAGGACUCGGAAGCGUCAGAUAUAUGGGCCUCCGAAGCUCGCACAGGACGAGGGGCAAGUGGGUCUCGACAGGAAAAACGUGCCAAGGGGCCCUGGGGAGGGUUGAAUGGGCGAGUGGGAAUUGAAUGA